AUGACGUCUACAAGCAUACCAUUUCCUCACAAGGCCGUGGUUGUUUUAAUCGAGAACGUGGAUGGGCCUCCCGACACGCAAAGGCUAAAUGCAUUCUACGAUGCAAAGACUGAAACUCUUCGUUAUUACCAUCAGCUAAGUAACGAUGGAAGUCUGAUAAACUAUGCUUCUAUAGAUUUAUGCCCUAAUGGAGCUCCGGCCACCGGUAACAAUGAUUCCUGCGAUCAUCAUACAAGCAAGAAGACUCAUCCUGCAAGUUCAUCUCCGAUAAAAAGUCCAUCCUGCCAUGUGGUUCAGAGUCUGAUGAGUUCACCUACGAAGAAGUUAUCAUUCCCAGUCUCCAGUAUGACGCAUAGUUGCAUUCACACUGAGAGGGACUCGGGCUGUGAAGAUAAGCCACCAUCGCCAAUUACCUGCGUCGAAAUUACCGAUCCAUCCUCAAUCGGCUGCACUUUUCCAGUUGCGGAUGCAAGUUUGUAG